UGAUUAUUUUGUUUGGUGUAGGUGUAAAAUUUUUGGUGUUCGCCUUGCAUGACAAACAAGAACGGAGCAUUGUAUACUACUAUAUAUUGCGCGAACGAAUUGGACAGCACUUACCCGUGAUUAUUAGAUUAAACCUCUUCCAUUUGUAUCUGAUAGUGAAACGUAAGAGAAGAUGACAUCCCGCAAGAAGGUACUUUUGAAAGUAAUCAUCCUGGGUGAUUCAGGAGUUGGUAAAACAUCACUAAUGAACCAGUAUGUCAACAAGAAAUUUUCAAAUCAGUACAAAGCGACAAUUGGUGCUGACUUCCUUACAAAAGAGGUGAUGGUAGACGACCGAAUAGUUACCAUGCAGAUUUGGGAUACUGCAGGACAAGAACGAUUUCAGUCACUGGGGGUAGCAUUUUACAGAGGUGCCGACUGCUGUGUACUGGUGUUUGAUGUAUCUGCUCCAAACACAUUCAAAUCUCUAGACAGCUGGCAAGAUGAGUUCCUAAUUCAGGCAUCUCCUAGGGAUCCAGAAAAUUUUCCAUUUGUUGUUCUUGGAAAUAAAGUGGAUCUUGAGAACAGAGCAGUGUCAGCAAAGCGGGCCCAGCAGUGGUGUCAGAGUAAGAAUAACAUCCCAUACUUUGAGACAUCAGCCAAAGAAGCCAUCAAUGUAGAACAGGCAUUCCAGACAAUUGCUAAGAAUGCACUAGCCCAAGAGAGUGAAGUUGAGUUGUACAACGAAUUCCCAGACCAGAUCAAACUGACUGGAGAACAGAAAGGUAACCGACAAGAUGCCUGUUCGUGCUAAUCUGAUGAAUUGAGAGAGGAAGAAGGAUAGCAAGCCUGAAGAGAACUUCAAGGAUUUUUAAGGAUGUGAUCUCCUCCCUUAGGUUUAAUUUGGUGAGGGAAUAACAGACUUAAAUGCUGAAGUAACAGAAUGGACUAAGAGAGAUAAUGCAGUUUAAAGCAGUGUUUUUCAAAAAAAUUUGUCAUUAAUUUUAAUAAAGGAAAUUGUUAAGCAAGAACAUUAUGGCAGAUAAUUAAAGAACCAGUUUUCUGAUGUAUGUGUUAACUGGAUUUCUCUGUGCAGAUAUUAUUUCACCUUUAUCUUGUAAUAAAUAAUAGACUUCAUUUUCUAAUUAUAAAUGAAGAGGGCAAAUUACCACCAUGGUUAAAUCUUAUAUCGAUAUUGGCAUUUAAGGCCAGUGAUGAUUGCUGAAGCCCAAGUGCCAGAUAGAUAUGAUUGGCAGUGGUAGAAAUGCUUGUUAAGCUUCGUUAUUAUGUAUUGAAUUAUACUUCUCUCGCAUGAAUCCUUGACAUAGAUCACUGUGUGCAUAUCUGAUGAAGAUGUUUAUAUUAGUACAUAAAGCUCAGAGAGAAGUUGAUGUAUGUAUGUAAAGCUAAUUUGUAGUGCAUAUUGUGCUGAAAGGAAAACACCUGUAAACAUUUUAUAUUACUAAAAUUGAUGUGCUGUCAAAUUCUGUAUCAUAUAUCCCUUUGAUAUCUUACACUACAUGUCCAUUAAUAUUGCUGAAUUUAUGUCACUGCUAGUAUAUUGUUGACAUACUUAAUGAAUAUCUCAUUUGUAAUGGGAAGUAAGGUGAACUUUGCGGCAUGUCAUUUGAUUGUGGCUUCACUAAUGUUGCCAAAGAUACAUACAAAUUGUGAUAUUACUGGCAGUAACCAAUGUUAUGAUUUAUGUACAAGUAAUAGGGUAUAAAUUGCUAUAUUAUGACCAAAACAGCUGUUAGAAUAAGAACCUGUAACCAGUCCAACAGAUCAUAUAAACAAGAAGUUACCUAGUCAGUGAUUAGUAUUUUGGCACUCCAUUAAUGUUUCUGUUAGUUGGGUAUGCAUGAACAGAAGAACUGAAAGUAAAGAAUAACUCUUUUUCAAACCCCNCCCCCCCCCCCCAGUAGAUGCACACAUACCCCUUAAAGGGGUUUUGGUACUCAUAACUCAUGUGUUAGGGUACACCGCUAUUAAUUGAAACUUAAUGAUCAGAAUAAACGUUCUGGUUUUCACAGUCAUCGAUUAGUAUGGUAUUGCAUGAACAGAUAUGAAAUAUAUUUAAACUCUGCUGUUGCCCGAGUAAUUGGUAUGAGACCCCAAAAUAUUAUGCACCACAACAGUAGGAUGUAUGGAGCAUGUUGAAGCAAAUGUUUUCCAUCUGUUGACCCUUUGGAGGAAAGAGGUGUAGAUGAAAUUUGUGGCCCAUACAUACUUCUCUUUCUUAUCAGUAGAAGUAUUGUGAAGUAAUUGAUUGCACAUAAUAUAAAACAUAUUUUUCCUAGUGUAGUGAUAUGAUAUGUUUGGUUUCUUAAAACACUUAACAGCACAUACUGUUUUCAUUUAUAAUCUUACGGUGCAUGUUUUGGCUUCAAUGGGCCAUCUUCUUACAUAUAAUUUUAUACCUGAAUAUGGCUGCCCAGUGUAAGUGUACAUUGUUAUGUAUUAUAAAUGUGUUCUUGUGCAGGUAUGUGAAAGUUAACAAAUACAUUAGAGCAGAGUGAAGGGUUUGGUGUUGGGCAGUAGGGAAAGUGUAGAGCAUUUUGAAUUGAAGAUCUGAUUACAGUAAGUAGACAUAAUGAUCAAAAGUAAAGGUUACAGGUAAAUGAGAAACACGUUUUAUACUAAUUUAAAGUGAUACUGCACCUUAAACCUUGCUACAAGUUGUCAGACUCAAAGUAAAUUUACAUACUUUCCUGCAUUUUCAAUGUUCUGGCUCAGAAAUAAGAUAUUAACGUAAUAGCAAUAUGUUUGAAGUUGGAAACUGGAUUCUGUUCUGGGCAGUUUAGUUUAAUAACAAAAAUUUUACAGCAAAGAAGAAACAAGAAUAAUUAUGACUAUAUAUGUUACUUUGCAUAGACUGAAAGAAAAAACUUGAAGUUACCGCUGAAGGACCUAAUGUAAUUCCCAGGAAUUGAAUAAAGAUUCAGAUGCCAGAUCAUAUUAUUCUAUAUGAAAGUCACUUUUCAGUUAAUAUGUAAAUUAUUAAUCAGGCUAUGGUUCACCAAUCUGAGCAUUCUGAUUCACAUUCUGAUGUAAACUUGUGAAUGAUCAUUUCCACCCUUAUCAGUUUUCAUAAUGAAUGAUAGUGGAUUUUUCAGAUUCCGAUGUCUGUUUUUUAAAAUCAUAUUCUCUUUUGUCUUUGCACUUGAUUUUGGCAAAUUCAUGAUUGCAGGACAAAAUCAAUACCUACAUUAAGGGAAAUAAUGAUGCAUUGAAAGAAACCUGCUGAUGCAAUAAUUGUGGGGAAGAACUGAGCCAAGAGCAUAUUUUUAAGUUGACACUGAAUGGAUUUCAGUAUCCUUUGAGGUGUGGUUCCCAGCUUAACACAUCAAAAAUAUAGUAAUUUGUUUGAACCUUUAUUUGCUGCAUUUUUCUCUUUGCUUUGAGUCAUGUCCAAUCUUGAAUGUAUGGAAACAUAAUUAAAACCUAGACUUGCCUCAAUUGAAACAGUUUAUCUGCUUUUAUCACAGGGAGUGGGAAGUUCUGUUGAUAGUGAAAGCACAAAACAAAACCAGUUGAUAGUGUUGUUUUACAUAUGUUAGAUUUUUCUAAUUAUCUGAAAUGUUGAUGCUUUAAUAAGAUGCAGGUGUUCCUGCAAAUGUAAAUCGGUUUAUAUGUAGAAAAGUAUUGUGAACUAACAUCUGAAAUUUAUACAUGUUAUUAAAUCUGACAGACAUCUUGUGUA